AUGGGAAAACGUCAGAAGCAAGUCACCCACCGAAUCAACUACCGAAGAGAAAACUCGAAGGAGAUACCAAUUGAUCUCUUGAUUGAGAUUUUCUCAAGAUUGUCCAUGGCAGACAUUGCUAGGUGUCGUUGCGUGUCCAAGCUCUGGUCUUCCGUACCGCGUCUUCGAUAUUUCACUGAACUAUUCCUGGAAACAUCUUCGGCUCGGCCGCGUAUAUUAUUCACCUUCCCGCAUAACGGUAAGCGGAUCUUCUACUCCAUAUCUCAGCAUCUACAUUCAGAGCCGAGUCCGUUUCCUUUCGUUCCCUAUUAUCAUAUGUCUUUCCCCGAAGGUAAGGGUUUUUCCUAUGACUAUGAGAUUCAUGCCCCUGUACGAGGGUUUCUUUGUAGCAAAUCUAGUAAGCCGAUGAUCUAUAACCCUAGCACAGGAGAGUGCAAAACUUUACCCAGAGCGAUGACAAAGAGGACUGAGAUGAAAACCUAUUUUGGGUAUGAUCCUAUUGACAAACUAUUCAAGGUGUUGUGUGUGUCCAAGGUAUUGUUGGCGUCCGAGGAUUUUGCAUGUCGAGUUUCAACAUUAGGAACAGGUGAAGUGUACUGGAGAAUGAUCGAAUGUUCGAUACCCCAUAGGCCUUUACGUGGUGAGAUAUGCAUCGAUGGAGUUUUGUAUUAUGUAGCUGAGUGCACUGGAAAUAAAAUUCCACAACGUUAUAUGGUAGUUUGCUUUGAUGUUAGGUCUGAAAAGUUCAAGUUUCUAGCUGUAGAACUUAUAAUUUGGUGUUCAACUCUGAUAAAUUGCAAAGGUAAAUUGGGCGUACUAUGGUCAUCGCCCUUUGGUCUUACUCAUGAACUCACAAAAUAUUUUGUGUUGUGGAUUCUCGAAGAUGCCAAUGAAUUGAGAUGGUCGAAGACUACCUACACAUUGCCGUCUUAUUGGAAGAAUCUAGUUGCGAAUAACUCUCUAUACAUUGUCGGGAUGACUAGUGCAGGUGAAAUUGUGUUAUCGACAUGCUAUCUAAAGAUUCUAAACUAUCCUUUCUACAUUGUCUACUACAAUGUAGUGAAAAAGACUGCAGGAAAAAUUGAAAUCCAGUUUGGGAAUAUAGCUAAGAGGGCUAAAAACUCAAGGAUCUAUACAUUUAUUGACCAUGUAGAGAAUGUAGAGCGUAUGGAUUAAGACUUUAUAAGAGUAAUAGUUUGGCCUUUAAAGUUUGUACUCUUAAACACAGUUUAUUAUAUGACUAUUUUUUAUGUGUUACUUUA